AUGAGCCCGAUCACCGCCGCGUCGGCAUCGGACGAGUCGGACCAGGGUGCUUUGCCCGAACAUGCUUACUACUGCUUCGACGUGAUUGAUAGCAAGCUCAAUUCAACAUCCCACCCUGCACCGGAGUUCGAUGGCAAAUUGCAAUAGUCAGUUCCCGUCCCCUUGGAGAUCCACACUGAACCGCUCAGGCCCCGUGUGGGGGAGCGUGGAGGGAGCUGAUUCCCACCUUGUUUAAGCGCCUACACAGCCCCUUGUUCGUGACGUGGAACAUCAUGUCUCGCUCGAGUGAUACGACUCGACUUCGAGGAUGUAUUGGCAACUUUGAGCCGAUGAAGAUCGGGACUGGGCUGAGGGAUUACGCUGCGAUUAGGUCCGUUAUCCGUCGCUCUCGGCUGCUGACUCGGUCAAAUGGGACCUGAGCUCGCUGGCUGCUUGGGCGGGGUUCACCUUCGCAGUGCUUUCGAAGAUCAUCGGUUCGAUCCAAUCACGGCGAAAGAAGUGCCUCGACUUGAAUGCGGGUCAGUCUCGGUGUUUUCGAUCUUCGCUCCGAGAUGAGCUGAGCUUUGUUCUCGAGCAGAGUUUCCUUUCUAACCGACUUUGAGCUGUGCGACAACUACCUCGACUGGACGAUCGGGACCCAUGGCAUCUACAUCCAAUUACCCAACCCCUCCGUCUUCAAACCCAAGCCUUAUGUCCCCCCUUCACCCCUCAGUUCGACACCCUCCAGUACGGCCACCUCUUCGGCCUCUUCCCUCUCGCUCGAUUCGAGAUCCAGUUCCGCUUCCACUACUGCUUCAUCCGUACCUUCACCCUCCUUAUCAUCGACCAAAACACCCCCCAUUCGACCUACCUAUCGAUCCAUUUCCCAACUCCCACCCAUGCAGCUCGAUAAAGCACCCAGGAGCUCAUCACGUGCAAUACUUUCAGCGACUUACCUCCCCGAUGUCGCGAGCGAACAAGGCUGGACCCAACUCGAGGCGAUCGAUUCCGUCAUUCGUAAGAGUGGCUACUCAGGACGUAUCACGCAGGAUAUUAGAGAUAGUUUGAGGUUGACGAGGUAUCAGAGUAAGAAGGUCCACGUCACGUGGGAAGAGUGGAAGGCUGCGAGAGGAUGA